UUGGCUCGCGACAAGUGGUGAAAAAAGUUUCUGCUAGACCCCCUCCCCUGUAUGUUUUUGUUGGGGGAAAAGUUGUUGGUAGUUAGGUCGUGUGAAUGUAGCGUGUCCCGUCGUUUUUUUUUUCUUUUUUCGCCCCCUCGGAAAACUUGCGGGGGGAAUGCGAGUUUUAAUCUCCGCCAAGUCCGAGACCGAGCUUCCGAACCGGGGUUUCUGCCGCUUCACGUCCUCCGUCUCGGGCUGAAAAAAAAAAAACCCUCGGUGGCCACCAUCACCAUCGUAGUUUCACCUCGGCCGUGGUCUCGUUAGCCACCGAGCUAGCUCUGCAGCUAAGCUCACCAGCCCCGACAGACCCAACGCUACCUCGCCUCCUCCUCUCGGUUUCUCUCGGGAACUUCCAGGUUUGGGAACGAUUGAAGGGGAAAGAAAAAGAAAAAAAGAAACGCGGAGAUGGCGGAAACCAAAAUAAUUUAUCACAUCGACGAAGAGGAGACGCCGUAUUUGGUGAAGAUACCCAUUGCUGCCGAGAAUAUAACUUUGCUGGAUUUUAAACAGGUCUUGAACAAGCCAAACUACAAAUUCUUCUUCAAGUCUAUGGACCAGGACUUCGGCGUGGUGAAAGAAGAGAUUUCCGACGAAAGCGCCAAGUUGCCAUGUUUCAACGGCCGAGUGGUGUCAUGGCUGGUAUCUUCAGACACUCCAGCAGCAGAGCCUCCAGUGGCAGUGGUCCCCCCUGUGGAAACCCCUCCCCAGCCCUCGCCCCCUCCACCGCCCCUGCCGCCGCCACCCGCGGAGAGGACCGGGGGCAUCGGGGACUCCAGGCCGCCCUCCUUCCAUCCCAAUGCUACAGGCAGCGUGGAGACAUUGGACGACCAGACUGAAACAGAGUCCGUAGUUUCCUUCAGGAGAGAGCGUCCUCGUCACAGAGAGACCAUGGAGCAGCACGGGCCUCGCGUGAACGGGCAGAGCCGCCUGGAGCGCCACCUGGCAGGUUACGAGAGCUCCAGCACGGUGAUGAGCAGCGAGUUAGAAACCACCAGCUUCUGUGACUCCGAGGACGACGACACCAUGAGCAGGUUCAGCAGCGCGACGGAGCAGAGCACGGCCUCGAGGCUCCUUAAACGACACCGCAGACGGAGGAAACAACGCCCUCCGCGUCUGGAGAGGGCCUCCUCCUUCAGCAGCGUGACAGAUUCCACCAUGUCCCUGAACAUCAUCACCGUCACUCUCAACAUGGAGAAGUACAACUUCCUGGGCAUCAGCAUCGUGGGCCAGAGCAACGAGAGGGGGGAUGGAGGCAUCUACAUCGGCUCCAUCAUGAAGGGCGGAGCCGUGGCUGCAGAUGGGCGCAUUGAGCCCGGCGACAUGCUGCUGCAGGUGAACGACAUUAACUUUGAGAACAUGAGCAACGACGACGCGGUGAGGGUGCUGAGAGAGAUCGUGCACAAGCCGGGACCUAUCAUCCUCACAGUGGCUAAAUGCUGGGACCCCUCUCCUCAAGGCUACUUCACUCUCCCUCGCAAUGAACCGAUCCGACCCAUCGACCCGGCGGCGUGGGUCAGCCACUCCGUGGCGAUGACGGGGGCUUACCCCCCCUACCCGGGCAGCUCCUCCCUCAGCACCAUCACCUCCUCCUCCUCCGUCACCGAGACCGAACCCUUUCUAAAAUGCUCUCCCGCCUCUCCAGGUUUCGACGACUUUAACUUAUCGCUGCACUCCGACAUGGCGUCGGUCGCCAAGGCCAUGGCCUCGCCGGAGUCGGGCCUGGAAGUGAGGGACCGCAUGUGGCUGAAAAUCACCAUCCCCAACGCUUUCCUCGGAUCGGACGUGGUGGAGUGGUUGUUCCACCACAUCGAAGGGUUCCAGGACCGCCGCGAAGCCAGGAAGUACGCCAGCAACCUGCUGAAGGCCGGCUUCAUUCGACACACCGUCAACAAAAUCACUUUCUCCGAACAGUGCUACUACGUGUUCGGAGACCUGAGCGACUGUGAGAACUACAUGGCCAACCUGUCCCUGAAUGACAACGACGGCUCCAGCGGGGCCUCAGACCAGGACACCCUGGCCCCGCUGCCUCUCCCCGGAGCCUCCCCGUGGCCCAUGAUGCACACCUUCCCCUAUCAGCCUUACCCUACGCACCCCUACUCCAGCCAGCCGCCUCCGUACCACGAGCUCACCAGCUACAGCUACGCCCCCGGCAGCACUGGCAGCCAGCACAGCGAAGGGAGCCGGAGCAGCGGAUCGACGAGGAGCGAGGGCGAGCGACGCCGCAGCAGCAAAGGCCCCGGCAGCACCGUGGGCGGGGGGGGGGAGAAGUCCCCCUCCGGCGGAGGCGGAGAAGGCGGCGGAGGCGGCGGCGGCGCCGACUCGCGCUCGGGCAGCGGGAGCGAAUCGGAGUACUCCACCCGGAGCAGCCUGAGGCGCGGCCACGGCUCGGCCGCCCCCAGCGAGCACAGCCACGCCUCGUCCCAGCGCUCCCACCACCACCGCAUACCCCAGCCCCCCCACAUGUCCCCCUACCCGCCGGGCAUCCUGCCUUACAACCCCAUGAUGGUGAUGAUGGUGCCCCAGCACCCGCACCCGGCCAUGGCGACCGCUCACGCCCUCCCCCACGCACAGCAGCUACCGACGGCCCCCAUGCACCCGGCGUUACCCCCGCCCCCCUCCUCCACUCCGGGCGGCCCCCCCGGCGCCCCGCCCACCCGCGACCUGGGCUCCGUACCUCCAGAGCUGACGGCCUCUCGCCAGUCGUUCCACCUGGCCAUGGGCAACCCCAGCGAGUUCUUCGUGGACGUCAUGUAGUUUUACUGUCCCGGCGUCGAGCGACCAGUCAUGUGAAGUUAGCGUACGGUUCCCGCUUGUUUUUGACGAGGAUCUGGUGGUGGCUUGUUGACCUCACGAGUGCCCUAUUGGAUUGAGGGCGCUCGUUAGAAAAUUUGGUGAAACAGGGUUUAAAAAAAACGACAAAGAACAUGAGGCAAAAAUUAGCUGACGUGCGAUACGAUCUGACCAGAUGUGUCUAGCUUCUCUUUUUACAAGUCCAACAGUGUAUUCAGCUCUUAACCCAGAGAGGCUGGUUCCUUCACGCAGUACAUUUAGACUUCCUGUCAGAGCUGCUCAGCACUCUGCUUUUAUAAAACAGUAUCAUAGAAGGGGGACGCACCUUCCCAAAUCUGCCACUGAUCUCAGAGCUGCCCAUCCAGGCGCCACACAGACCACAGUAUAAGACUAGAGGGUGCCACCGUGUACUUGAAAAAGGAUCCAAUCCUGCAUAAAUGUCUGCCAGAUUUAUCGGAGUUUAUCGAGUGCCUUACUCUUAUUUUCUAUUUUUUAGAGACGUUUUAACACUCCAGGUACAUGAAUUUUGUUCCAGCAUUGUUUGACAAUGAACUUCUCUGUACAUAUAUAUCUACUACUCCUAUGUAAAUGCAACACUACACAACAGCAAGCUCUAAUGUGAAAAGCAAAUCGGUCCAAAAUAAAAAAAAAAAAAGAGAAAAUGUCAGGGGAACUUGUGUUUAGUAAUCACUGUCUAGGCCUAGUCAUCAAAUAACUCUUGUUGGUGAGGAGUACCACGGUUGUCAGUACGGGACUGAAAAGGCUCCAUGGUACUAAAAUAUGCUGAGAGCGGUACUUUUUGAUUACAUGUAGCGUACAUCUCAACUGUGAUCCGAACGCCCCGGCUCCUCACGCUUAUUUUUAUGUUACUGACUCGCAUUAUUCACCCGUUUCAUUUUUUUAUUUUGUAUGAGUGACUAUAUUAAAUCAUGUGUAACCCAAAUAUUAAGGUGCUAAAUGAAGAGUCAACAUUUUCAGAGAAGAAUGACAUCGCCAGUGUCACAUGUUUGAUUUCAUAUUGCCACCUUUGCUUGUGUAUUUGAGAAUAAAUUUGCUACUUAAUUACU